CAACAAGGCCCCAACCUCUUCUCAAUCGCCACACCGCCACCCGCGAUCUUCAAUGGCUAUGAAAUCCCACCACUGUCGUCUGCUGCAGUACGGUCUGCUGCUUGCCGCAAUUGCCGUGCUGGCGUGCGCAGACGAGGAGUUCUCGGCUUAUCGCCCGGAUCCCGUCGAUGGCGCGGCCGAGACUGUUGCUGCUGCUGCUGAUGCUGCGCAGGCGUCGGUUGCGUCUGGAAGCAUUCCCGCCUUCCGGAAAAACAUCACGAUCGCAGAGUUCUACGACCUGCCAGUCUACAAGCGCAUCUUCAUCUACAACUGGACCAACGAGCUCUCGUUCCUCGGCAUAGUCCUCGCGUUUGUCUUCGCCCACCUCGGCGGCGCAUACAUCAACAAGCGCGCGGCGCUGAGCUGGAUGGCGGCGCUCGUGCCCACGUUCCGGAACCAGUUCUACCAGGUGGGUUUUGACGCGAGCGCGGUCUGCGAGUCCGAGGCCGACUACGCCGCGCUGCCGUGGACAAAGUACUUGAAGAAGCUGGGCCCGAUCGACUUUGUCUUCUACCUGACCGGCCGGCUGAACGUGCACGCCGCGCACGGCAAGAUGACGCUCAAGACGCGCCAGAACCUGAUCAUGCUCGUGUUUGACUACGUUUUCUCGUUCUUCAUCUCCGCGCCCUUGCCCGAGGACAAGGUGCAGAUCCUCGCGACCCCGAGCGGCGAGUACGACUCCUUUGUCUUUGCGGUCGUGCACAAGGACCACAUGAAGCGCGUGCGCGAGUCAAACUACGACAUCUCGCUCACCCGCACCAGCGACUCGCCCAAGCUGCCCGUCUGCUUCACCGUCAUGUCCGAGGCCGCCGAAGUCACAGACACUUUCUUCACCCCGGACCUCCUCGCCGCCGUCAAGCGCGCAGAGAACGUGCUCGAGUACCUCGUCCUCUCCGACCUCCCCGCCGACCGCCCGGCAAAGCUCGACGACCUCGUGCUCAAGAAGCGCGCGCUGCUCGUCCUCCGCGCGGCUACCUCGCAAGAAGACAUCGACGCCACCGCCGCCCUCGUCGAGGCUUUCUUCGGCCUUCUCGACGUCGCUGUCGCCAAAGCGCACUGGCGCCCCGAACUCGCGCGCAAGCUCAAGGCCACGCGCGAGGAGGAGCAGCGCAAGCUUAAAAAGAUGGCGGACGACGAGCGUGCGGAGGAACUCGCAAAGGCGCGCGCGCUCGAGAAAAAGGCGCAGAAGCAGAGUAUCUCGAAGCUCUCGCCUGAGGAGCAGCGCAAGGCGCAGCAGAAGGAGCGCGAGAAGGAGCUGCGCAAGCAGCAGAGGAAGAUGACUCGUCGUGCUUAAACUCUCAAUCACUUGAAGCACUCUACUCUCGCUUGAAGCACUUUCUCUAACAAAGUAAGAUCCAGUCUAUUACUGGCUCACCUAUCCUGUACAAUAACGAUGCCCUUCUUUUCUUGGUUAGUUAUUCACUUUUUUGUUUACUCAAUAUCUUCAGAUGUUUUAUAUAAUAGUUACUAUGAAUCAAUUGCAUAAUAUAUACCGAUCU